UAAUGGAUCCUGAAUCAAAUGAUUUUUUAAGAGAAGGAUAAAGUCUUUAAUUAAUGAGUGGUUUACCAACAUUCUAACAAAUCAUUUAAAUAAAGUAUGAUAUAUCAUCCAUAAAGUUCUACUCAAUAAGCACCAUUAUAUACUCUUUAAAUUUAAUAAGGCAGCCCUAUAUAAUCUCCAGAAAAUUCAAUACAGUUUCAAGCAUCUCCAAUAAAUGCUCCUUUAUUUGGUAAAUAAUCACCAAUUUAUUCACAACAAGAUGAAGAGGAUAUUUCUCUUGUGAAUCUAAUUAAUGAAUCUCAUCAAUUUUCUUAACCUGUUUGGGAUAUUUCUUAUAGUUAAUUAUAACCUAAAACAGAAUUGGAUUUAACAGAUAAACAAAAAUAUAAAAAAAAAAAAGUAGGUUGUUCAUGCACGAAAAGAAAAUGUUCUUCCAAAUAUUGUUUUUGUGCUAAAGAUGGUUUUUCUUGUUCCAAUCUUUGUAAAUGUGUUAAUUGCAAUAAUAAUAAAUCCUUCAUCAGUUAAUAAAUGCAAAGAUCUUUAGUUUUAGAAAAAAAAGGAUGUAAAUGCAAAAAAAAUUUUUGUUUAAAAGGUUAUUGUGAUUGUUUUGCAAAAGGGAUGUAAUGUAAUAAUCUAUGCAAAUGCAUUUAGUGCAAAAAUGUUUUAACAUUAGAACCUAUCAAAGAUAAAGUACCUAUAAUAAAGAAAAAAAUUAAAAAGUUUAGUAAAUUUUAUAAGAAUAAAAAAGGGUUCAUAAGAACAAACAAAAAAGGACUAAUAUUAACUUAAGUGGAAAAUUAAUGAUUAAUAUAACAUAAUUAUGUGAAC